GAAUCCUCUGGCCGCGUGGCGCAAUGCGACUUCUUCUCAAAAGCUGUCUGAUUCUCGACCAUAUUUUCUUGGCCAUCUUCGACGUCUGUCUCAACUUCUAGCGAAUUCCUAUUACAAGUACUCGCUUUGAUCGUCAACGUCCAGAUUAUCACGAUGCGCACCUUCUUGGUAGCUCUAAUACUCGCCGUCGCGGUAUCUGCCACACCGUACCCGUGGGCCCAACCCCAAGCCAGUCUUGUUCCUGUCCAUAGCGGAAAGCCCGGGAAGCAUCACAACGCGACUAAGAAAGGCAAUCGGACAAGGAAGAACCCUCACAAGGAGCCGACACCGACAUUCAAGCUCGGUUGCGAUUGUGCGAGGCCGAUCGUGCCGAUGGAUUUGCUAAACGAGAAUGAGAAAUGCUUGAUGAACCACGCGGCUGCAAUGGGCUGCUAUCUUGGUUCGAAGGGUGGGUGUGCUUCGCCUGCACCUGCUUGUGGGCUUGAGAUUCUAUAAGCAAACCCUUCAUGCACUGCCUGCAGUGAAAUGAGUUUAGGCAGUUUGAAGCAUUCAAUCCAUUGUCUCUGGGAAGCUCUGAUAGCCGUGAAGCUCCGACUUCUCUGGAACGC